CUUCAGAUAAGGUCUAGUCUAUUGACAGGCACAUAUAGAAACCUCUGAAGGGAUUAAGCCCAUUCGUGUCCAGUUAAACAUUGACUAAUUGGAGAUCUUUUACGGAUCAACAAAACUUUCUACAGUACUUUUCAUCAUCCAGUUUUUGUUCAGUGGCAGAAACUGCAAUCAUGUAGAAUUUGAAGUUGUUUUACUUUUCGAGACAAGUUUGUCUCAAUUUGGACUUGAGGGCCUGUUUCUAAAGCCAAAUAUUUCAACAUCGUGGACUGUGGUCAUUUGUGAAAUGGAGACCAUUGAUAAUAUGAACAACAACAGCAGCAGCAGUCAUCCUUGGAGGUCUGACAUCCGCUAUGAUCCACUGGUCAACUGGAAUGUAAUAUACGAGGAAACCUCAGACACUGACAUGGAGCAGAGCGAUGACGCAUCAUUGUCCGAUGACAUGACACCUCGCUGCAGGAGUCCGUCGUCAUCAUCAGAAACAGAGACCGAAAAUGAUGGAGUUGAAAAACGAAGAGUUCGAAGGAGACGCAGAGCUUCCUUUGAUGAGAAACUGUUUCGGAACAGGCAGAUGUCCAAUUCUUCUCCAGACAAUCUGAAUCGUCGCAUGGCCAAAACAUCUCCCGGGACACCAAUAGAACAUAACAGUCUCAAGAACUUCCACUCUGAAAACUUGUCCUCUGCAUUGUUUCUGGGAAGCAUCCUAUGUGCGGACCGGGUAACACAGAUGACCCGCACAUACAAUGACAUUGGGGCUCUUACUCGUAUGCUUGAAGAGAAAGAGCGUGACUUAGAACUUGCAGCCAGAAUUGGACAGACCCUUCUUGAAAAGAAUAAAGACUUGACUGAGCGUAGUGAUAUUCUUGAAGAGCAACUGUCUGCAACUAAUGACAAGGUCAGCCAGCUCCGCCAUGAUGUGUCUAUGAAAGAUGAACUCCUCAAGUUUUACUGUCAAGAUUACGACAAUGAAGCAGAGUCAGAUGCAAGCUCACCUGGUGAAAGCAAAGGCUUCAACCUCAAACUGGUUAACAUUGACUCACUGCAGAAAAAGGUGUCAAGCUUAGAGGAAGAAAAUGUACACCUCAAAGUUGAGAGCAGCCAGCUGAAGUCGGAGACCGCCAACUAUGAGGAGAAGGAGAAGAAGCUGGUGGAGGACUGUCUCUCCCAGUUGGCGGAGGUCAACAUGCAAGUGGAGACCUUUGCCGAGGAGUGUGCACGGAAGUCCGAGGAGUCCGCCCGACAGAAGGAGGAGAUCACAGCACUGUUGGCACAGGUUGUCGACCUGCAGAAGAGAGUCCGAUGUCUGACCAUUGAGAACAUGGAGCUGUCCAAACACCUGCAGGCCUCCCAGGAGUCCCAGCGCAAGCUUACUAAAGAGCUCGGCUACCGCCAAGACAAGUAUGAUGAGUUGCUGGAGGUACUGGCUGACGCCCAGGAGGAGCUGAAGACCCUGAGAGGGAAGCAGCGCCCUGGCGUCAGUCGCCAGUAUCUGUCCAGCUCCCUGCUCAACGUCCCGUCCGACUCCUUGGCUUCCGAGCUGGAGCUGUCUCUCAGGAGCGACCUUGACUACCCCAAAGGAUUCUCCCCAUCAGAGAGGAAGGCCCACAACUGGAAGAUAUUCGAGACAGCCAAGGCUGCGAAGAAGGCCAGCAAGAAAAGCCCCAACAGCGCAUCCCCUGGGUCCAACUCCCUGAGUCCCAGCGGAGCCGAGAGUGACUCUGCAUCAGGACUCAACUCGAAGAGAGCCUCCUUCUACAUGUCUGAGACCGAGUCUGCUGAUGGCUACAGUGCAGAUCUGGACAGCCUGCAUGGAUCCAACCCUGACCUGGGUCGACCUGGCAUCCCCGGCUCUAAUGACCUGGAGACAUCCCUGAAGCGUCUGGCCAUGAGACGAGCCAAUGAGCUGAAUGAGAGAGACUACAGGGAAGAUGAGGACAGGAGGAAACACAGCCAGUCGAGUGCAACACCUCGCACCCCUGAGAGUGUGCCGUCCCCUGGCAGUGGUCUGUCCUUCCUCUCCUUCCCAGGCAGCACCUCCUCCUCCUACUUCAAGAUCCCUGACAAACUGCAGAUUGUCAAACCCCUGGAAGGUUCUGCUACGCUGCGGCAGUGGCAGCAGCUGGCUACACCCAACCUUGGGGGCAUCUUCGAGGAGCGCCCCGGGGUGCAGAUCAAGGGGGAGAGGAACCUAGACCUGCAGGAAGAAGUGUACACCCUCAGCGACUUUGAGGAAGAUGAUGAUAUCUCUGAAUGUCCAAGUCGGCGCUUUGAGGAGAGCUCCACAAUCUUCACACUGACCGACUCCAUGGUGAAGAAUCCCAACGAUUACUUUAUGCUGGCCCCAUCAGCAAGCACUGAGAGCAUCAACAACCAACCCAGCAUUGCAUCAUCGACUACUCCAGUGAUGUCUACACCAAAAGGGAGGAUGGCUUCAAUGAAAGGGAGCAACACUUCUACGUACAGCAUGUCUCUGGGGCUGGCAGCCAUCUUGCAAGAGCGGGAUCUCGCCAAGCCUGUGGAGCGGAAGCCGGGCAUGCCCUACAACCAUUCCUUCCCUUCCCGUGUUCAGUCUAUUGUUACCGAGACACCAUACUCUCCUGCAAAACCAGCUCUGGAAGUGUCAACAACUUCAGCUCCAUCGACACAGAAUGAUGGAACCACGACAUCAUCAAGUAUGGCGUCAACCCCUACCGAUGGUGGGUUCUUGGACAAACUAAAACACACAGGGUUUUCCAUCUAUGGCUUCCUUGGUGGCGCUAAGAGUGAGGAUUCAGAUUCCUCAUCAUCAGACACGGCAACCGUCUCCUCACCGACCAGCAGUGGCAGCAUCACCACCACAACAGUAGAAGGAGCAACAGCAUCUGCAGGAGCAACGUCUCCCAACAGUGACAAAAAUAUAACCCGGAAACUGCUUACCCAGGGUGCAUCAGCAGGGGUCCUUGGAGCGAUAACUUCCUUCAGGAGAAGCGGAAUUCUGUAAACUCUUGUAGCCGUCUCAAGACCACAGACAUUUAUAUAAUGAGGAAGUGGACCCAAAAUAUUCCAGAAUGAAAUAAUCAACAUAGACUUGUGUGUUGCCCCUCGUCUUUCAUGUGUGAUUCAGUCAGAAGUUGAUUAGCAUAAUUACGAGAUCUCUGAGCUUUACUUCAUUUAAUUAUCUUCCAGGUUACCUCAGUCAUGUCUCAGUCAAUGAUUUUGGAAAUAUGGGUUAAUUCAAAAAUUUGUUCUAGAUUUGAACACACUCAUUUCAAUUUCAGGAAGUGGAAUGAGAAUGAUCUUCUAAUGUUCCAUGACAGAUUAUUUAGGAUUUCUUCGACAUGAAGGAAAUGUUCGUUGUGCACCAACUAUAUGUACGUUCACAUUACUCGUCACAACUUCCGUGUGCCAAAAUACUGAUACGGCAUUUAUAUUCAAAAUAAUUACUGAAUUCGUUUAAUUUAGAUUUUGUGCUGAUUUUGAUGCCUUUGACAUUUUUGGUUGACUGAUUUUUCUUAUGUUUUUCGUAUUAAAUGGGAACAGGUUUUAUUGCUGAAAAAGAGCAUCAGGGAAACCAAAUUAGCAUUUCGGUGAUAUGUCAGGGAUAAUUAUGAUUCUGAUUACCUUUGAAAUGAAAGCUACAUGUUUGUGUUAUUCUGUGCUUUAGACUUGUGAUUCUUCUCAUUGAAAAUAUUACGAAAAUAAGGUCACAAAAAUGUCAUCAGUCAAUUCUGUGUUACGAUCCGUCAUAUGUUUUCAGGACAUAUUCUCUUUUCGUAUUGUAUGAAAUUUUCAUCACCAACUGCAAACUAAUCCUGUUGAUUGGUACAGUCUCUGUGCAUUGUUAAUUUGAGACCAUAAAAUCAAAAUUAUAUUGGUUUUCCUAUGAUGUCAAUUUCAAAGGCUGUUUGAAAGUGCUAUGAUUUAUGAGAAGGUCAUUGUUUGGUGCUAUUAAGUUAUUUUAAAUUUUGUUAUCAGGUAUUUUAGUCUCAGUGGAUAGGUCCGCCCCUACCCAAUCUUCUCCUCUGUUGAAUUCUGAAUUUUGAUUUUGUAGCAAAUGAUUUUACUCAGAGGUGGGGAAAUUGGGUUUGUAUGUGCGCAAUGACUUUUACCAAAGACUUUAGUCAUUUCUUUCACCAGAUGAUGCAGUAAUUACUCUGUGAUUUGAUUUUUUUUGUCGCACCAAAUCCUGGUACAUUGCAAUUGCAAAUUUACAAGUUACUAAUGAACAACAGGGAAAUCUUAAAUUUUAUCUUAGCAUCUCUUGUGGAUGCAUUUUGGAGGAAGGUGCUUAAAUGUGUUAAUAAGGUAAGUCAAAUAUUAUCAACGCUAAGCCCUUGUGAUUUUUCUGUGAUUGAUCAUAUCCCAAAAUGUACUGACAGCUAGUUGAAAAUGUUUUCGAAGAAUGUUAUAACCUUUAACCUGUAUAUCUUUAUCCAAUGGGUGUCAAUGACAGUGUUAUUCAAUAGCUUGUGUAGAUGUGUAGAAUACAAAGGGAUGGGAAGGACUGGUAUUCUUUUUUUGUGACUUGAAAUUACUUUUCACUUUUACUACUUUAUCACUCAACAUUUAAGGAAUCAUUUUAUUAAAUUAUAAAAAAAAGUUUUGACAGAUUGAUUACUGCAGAAUCUGGUGUUUGAAAAUACUGACUUGUCAGUGAGGAAGUGAUUUUGUAUUCGGUGAAAUAUGUAAUUGUAUAUAAGAAUUGUACAUAGAAAUAAUUGUAAUUGAAAUUGUUCGAAAUAUUUUAAAUUAUUUGUACAUAAAAUAGGUUUUAUGCAGUUUGGCGGGUUUCCAAAUGUCUGUUUUGUCUCUUUGUGUUGUGUCACUCAGUACAUGUGAAACUUUCUCUCUGUUGGUUAGAGUUUAUACAUAUACUCCAGAAGUUUCACACCACACCUCAAUUGUAACAUCUCAUGUUCAGGCAGAAGUUUUAUUCAGCUUCAUGAAUGAAUUCUCUGUGAGGUUUCUUUUAUGAAAAUUAUGAAAGAAUUUUUUAAAGAAAUUACAUUAACAAUGUCAUAAUUUAAAUGUUAUGUAAUUUUCAUCUUUUUUGUUCUUAUGAAAUUGAAACAUUCUAUAUGAAAGUGAUUAUUGCUUCCUAAAUUAAUUGUUAAAUUUUGUAUUUAAAAAAAGGAGAUUUGGCAUCAUUUUUUGUUUGUUGAAAUAUGUGAUCUCGAAAAAGUUUGAUUGGCACAUUAUUAUUAUCAAUAAGGAGUUUAUUAUAAAGUUCUUGAUACAAAGGCGUACCAGUAAUUGUCAAAACCUUGCAGAUCACUGAUUAUAUUAUAUACACAUUCUGACAUUGUAGACAUUAGGUAUCUUUACAAACCGCCACCCUGUACUAUGCAAUUUUAUAUCAAGAAAACAAAACCUUAUAGGUGUGAAUAAAUAAAGCAACUUGAAUUUUGA